CCAACGUUCGAAUUCGGAGCCUCUUCCUUCUCCCUUCAAAUGCACACCUCUCCCCCAUCUUCUACCUUCCUCGACUCAACUCACCUCUCUCUUAACACCAAGAACACAGCUUCUCUGUGCUCCAAUUCAUCUACAAUGGGCGCCACCACUGCCUCCCACUACUGCCACACACACAAGGCGUUUCUUUUCUGCAACUACACCCUCCUCGGCGCCGCCACUAGCUGCGUCUUCCUCACCCUCUCCCUCCGCCUGAUUCCCUCCCCCUGCGGCCUCCUCCUGGUCGCCCUCCAUGCCCUCACCGCCGUCGCCGCCGCCUCCGCCUGCGCCACCACCCCCGCCUCCACCGCCCGCUGGCACGCCGCCCACAUGGUCUCCACCGUCCUCGCCGCCAUCUUCCAUGGCGCCAUCUCCGUCCUCGCCUUCACUCGCACCCCCGACUUCCUCGUCGAGCUUCGAUCCUACGUCCGCGAGGAGGACGGCACAGUCAUCCUCAAGAUGGUCGGCGGCCUCGGCCUCGCCAUAUUCUGCCUGGAGUGGGUGGCCCUCGCUGUGGCCUUCCUGCUGCGUUACCAUGCCUACGUCGAAGGAGGCAGCACCGCCACCUCCUCAAAGAAGAGCUCCAAGGUCGUGGGCAGCGACGAGGAGCUCAAGGAUUGGCCAUGGCCAUUCCAAGUAUAAGCUUAAGCCACUUCUUCCAUUCACUUCUGGGUUUCAUCCACUGUCUGCUAGUUGUUAUGCCUAAUUCAUUUGUUCAUCUGAA